UGGAGAGGACGCGUCAAAUUAAUUCCAGCAAAGUCCGGACUUCCCGGGAUAACUUCAAUUUGCUUUUAUCGGAUGAAGAUCACCUUUGGCGGCCACCUUUAUUGCAUGCGUCUGAAAGGCGACAGAAGAACAUCGCGGUGCUGCAACUCAGGGACAUUUAAGUGGACUAUUUUUUUGUUCCACUUUAUUGUGUGCGUUCACUCUGCCGCCAUCUAAAGUGGGUUCGUGUACUUCCAAACAUUACGGAACGUAAAGAGGCAAAUGGAGCAAACCUAUGGAGAGGUGAACCAACUGGGCGGUGUGUUCGUAAAUGGAAGACCCCUGCCCAACGCCAUUCGGCUGAGAAUAGUGGAGCUGGCCCAGUUGGGGAUCAGACCCUGCGACAUAAGCCGGCAGUUGCGCGUCUCGCAUGGCUGCGUGAGCAAGAUUCUGGCGCGGUACAACGAGACUGGCUCCAUUUUACCGGGCGCAAUCGGUGGGAGCAAACCUCGCGUCACGACGCCCAACGUGGUGAAAAACAUUAGGGAAUACAAACAGAACGACCCCGGGAUCUUUGCGUGGGAGAUCCGAGACAGACUCUUAGCGGACGGCGUGUGCGAUAAGUACAACGUGCCCUCGGUGAGCUCCAUCAGCAGGAUUUUACGCAACAAGAUCGGGAAUCUGUCCCAGCCCAGCCAGUACGAGAGCGGCAAGCAAGCUUCGGCUCAGGCCGGCCUCCCUUACAACCCCAUUUAUCCUUACUCCUACCCCAACACCAUGUCACCCGCUGCCACCAAGAUGGGCUCCCCAGCUGGGAUGCCGGUGACGGCGGGACACUUGAGCAUCUCCAGGGCCGGCUGGCCCUCUGCACACACCGUCAGCAACAUCCUCGGGUUCCGAGCCUUCAUGGACCCCGCAGCCAUUGCUGGGACCGAGGGAUAUCCUACCAAAAUGGAGGAAUGGAGCAGCGUCAAUCGUGCAGCUUUCCCUGCAGCUCACUCAGUCAACGGCAUCGAUAAAUCAGCCAUUGAUGCUGAUAUAAAAUACGCACAGCCGACCUCCACACUGUCGGGUUAUGUCUCAGCGUGUGCAUACUCCCCCACAAACCAGUAUGGGGUGUACAGUAGCCCAGCGGGCGGCUACGUGGCGCCGGGUCACCACCACUGGCAGCCCCAGAGCCCGGCUUUGUCUCACCCGGGGAGCGGGAUGAGCAUGCACGCGGGGGAGAUCCACUCUCCGAUGGCCUUCAAGCACCACGCCCGAGAAGGAGAAAGAAAACCUCCCAGUCCGCUGAGCAAGCAGCAGCAGCAUGAAGACUUGAACAGUGUGCAUGGACUCAGUCUCCCUACCUCAUCAUCAUAACCGGGACUUUUACCAGCUUCCUAAUCAGAUUUAACUGAACUCAUUUCAACUCCAGUAAGUCUGAACCCAAACAAACAUGGGCUUCUCUUCAUUUUGUGGAUGCAGUAAAGCCAAAACAGGCUUUAAUGGCCUUAUGAAUGUAAGCUUGCAUGGAUGGAUGCAUCGGUGCUCCGCAAAGUACAACUAUUUUGUCAUUAAAAA